AUGAACACCAACUGGAUGUCCUGUACUCUCCGAGAGGGUUGCGAAGUUUGUGGAUCGCAGGAGAGACUUGUCCUUUGCUCAACCUGCAAUGUGGUGCAGUAUUGCACUGAGGAACACAGACUGGAGCAUGAAGCAACACACGCAUCUACCUGCGCCAGAAUUGAAGAAUGUCGUACUGAGGUGCGGCAGCAGAGGGAUAUCCUCGAAGCUGCCAUUCCUCAGUUUAAAUUCGUCAGUGAAGGCAGCGAGAAUGCCCCCGAAGUGGUCGAGGUUGUCGACUAUCUUCGUGCCCGCCUGCAGCUUGUGGAAGCCUAUUCCCUGCCAGAAAAUAUUCUUGGCCUUCAAGUAUCACUUGACAACCUUUUGGAAAUGGUAAAGUUGUGUCGCCUCGACAAAUUGAACUUUAGGUGGAUGACCCUCGGUGUAAUGCUGUCUGAACCAAGACGAUGA